AAGUGUUACCAUAUCUUGCUUAAGUCACAAAGGCAUGUUCAAAAGAAAUUGCCUAAGUCAUUUAUUUCUCUUAAGUUACAUAAUGUACACACAGUGUUCUUACUAUGCCAAUAGCCAUCCUUUGUUACAUCCUUUUUGAAUGAAAUGAUCAAUAAAUGUCAUAUGUUACACUUUUGGUGAAGUUUUUUGUGUUUCCUGCAAAACUUGAAAAAAUGAGUUCGGCGAUUAUUUUAACAGGGUCUCGAUUUAAUCCUCGAACAAGAACGACUCCUGAACACAGCUCUAGAAUUGACUAUCAUGAAGUUGGGAAUUUACGAGGAGUCAUUGAAGGCAGCAGUUAAUCAGCGGUGAAGCGAACAGCCGUUGAUGAGUAAGAUUUGCUAACGUUGUUAUCAGUUAGCUUAAUAUAGUUGACUUUUUCAGGUCAACAACAUGCAACCGAGAUUGAAGUUAACACCUGAACUGACGGUUGUCUGAGCGUGUCUUCUGACGAAGAUGAGACUCCUGGUGACAGGAUGGUGAUUUUCUCAGGCAAGUUUGGCUCCACUGAGAUCAGCUCAGUCCUUGUGGUGGAAGUAAUGAUGUUACUGUGUGUCUCUCCAAGCCCUAAGGCAGUGUUAGGAUCAGAAUAUUUGACAGUUACCUUGGUUGGAGAAGAUAAGGACAGUCCAGCAUGCUCACUUGUCAUCGCAGAGCUAAUAUCGGCAAAGGCAUCUGAUGACUGGACAGAACAGGAAACUCCUCAACCGGGGACGAUCCUUGAGGCCGUGGUCUCUCUCUCUCUGUGAACUGAGAUGGCUCAUCACAUGUCUGCGUGGACAUAAGCCUCUGCUUCAAACACACAGCGGGAAGGAAACAGGAGAAGUGCAGAGCUGCCUGACAUGCUCGAUGAUGACAUCUUCAAACACUCCCCUGCACUCUGCAGACACACCCAACGCUCACUGCAGCUUCCAACAUGUUAAAAAUGUGGACUUAAGGCUGGAAGCUUGCUGGUAUAAAUCCCCAUACAAACAGGACAAAGACAACAUGAUGUGGACAGCCUGUUUGCUGUUUACGGUUUGUUCAUUUGCUGCAUGUCAUAUAGACGGCUACACUUUAAGGGAAGAAGAUGAAAAUUUCAACCAGGAUGUUUUAGGAACAGAUUUUCUCCGGCGUCGUCUUCAUCCUCCGUUCCACUGCCCUGAUAUGAGUCCGUCUCCCUCUGUCCCCACCUCAGUUAAAUUUGUCAAAGCUGCAGAUGUCAAAGUCAUCGCUGCACUGGGAGACUCUUUAACUACGGCAAUCGGUGCGAACGGCUCAACCAUUAUAUCGAUACCUUUUGAAUUUCGUCAAGUGUCUUGGAGCAUUGGAGGAUAUGGAACUUAUCAAAAUGUCAUCACCCUGGCAAAUAUUUUUAAACUCUUUAAUCCCAAACUGCUUGGUCCAUCACCUGUGUGGACCUUUAAUGGUGCACCAACAACCGUCAAUGAGACCGGCUUCAACUUCGCCGUCACCGGCCACAACACGCUAAACGUGUCGGAUCAGAUAAGACACAUGAUCGACACAUUCAAGUCUUAUCCAGGUCUGAACUUCGCUGAGGACUGGAAGGUGGUGACAAUGCUGAUUGGCAUGAACGACAUCUGCGAUUACUGUAAAGACAAAACUCUUUUCUCCCACGACAACUUCAUUCACCACAUGACAGAAGCUCUGGACUUGAUGAUGAAGGAGAUCCCCAGGGCGAUCGUGAACGUGGUGCAGAUUCUCCCCAUGAAGCCGCUCAGAGAAGUUCAGAGACCAACCCUGGGCUGUCAGCUGCAAAAGAGUUUCUGCUCGUGCCUCGUUCUGCCUGAAGAAAACUCCACUGAGCUGCAGGAGCUGGUUGAGGUUAACAUUGAAUUCCAGCGGAGGCUAAAGAAGCUUCUGCAUAGCGAUCGUUUCUUCAAAAACGACUUUGCUGUUGUUCUGCAGCCUUAUUUAGAGAAGGCACGACCACCAAGACUUCCUAACGGGACAAUUGACUUGAGCUUCUUCACGGCAGAUUGUUUCCACUUCACUGUGAAGGGACAUGAGGAGUUGGCAAAGGGAUUGUGGAACAACAUGUUCCAGCCUGAAGACAGGAAGGAGCUGAUACAGACAUUUUCAGAACCAAUAAAACUCAUCUGCCCAACAGAGGAGCAUCCUUACAUCUACACCAGACCCCGAGCCGAGUCGUCUGCACCGAUGCUGAAACAUUUCUCUGUGACGCUGACGUCUCUGCUCUUCAUGUUUGACUAUCUGUAGUUCAACAGGCAGAGAAACGCACCAACAGCACCUGGAUUUAAGGGUUUGAUUCCCACCGCAGCCUAAUCUUUUUUACUAACAAUCCUAACAACAUAAACACUCAGGGAACUUGCUUUAAGAGAGAGAUGUUGUUUAAAAAGCUCUUUAACCAAAUAUUCCGGCUAUACAUCACAUCUUCAAUGACUUGAUGAAAUAGAUUUUUUUUAUGUAUAAAUGACUUCAUAUACUUUAUUUCAUGGAUUAUUUUGGACAUUUUCUUCAAGAUUAAGUCAAACAUUGACUCACUAUUGAGCUAAAUAUGUCAGCCAAGCAAAAUAUACACACAUCAUCCUGACCACAGAACUAAAAACUUGAAUUACAACUUUGUAACUUGUUGUUUAUAGACUCUUCGGAAUACCUGUCUGUUCCUGUUAACCUGCUGUGCUCAUAAAUUCAUGAUUCAUUUUAUGAAAAUUCAUUACCAGUUGACAUCUGCUGUUUUUUUUUAUUGUUCUGAUUUUCUUGGGGUUUACUUGUUUGGCAGUUUUGACAGUGACUGAAAGCAAAAAGAUAAAUAUUAACCUCUGAUUGUAUUCUGUUGUAUCUUCAAAAUGUUGUUGUUGUGUGUCUGUUUACCCUGGGAGAUAACAGUACUGUGAUAAACUUGUUAUUUGAA